AUGGUCGAGCCCGCAAGCGCCAUCUUAGCAAUCGUUCAUGUCGCACUGACGACAAGCAAAGAGCUCGCAGAGGCUAUCGGGACCAUGAAGAACAGCAAUGCUGAAGUCACGCGGGUCCACUCCAGCUUGACCAUUCAUACGACUCUGCUCAGACAAUUUCACUCAACGAUAAAUAAAGCAAACUCCAUGGGCGCACAGAUGGCACAACAAGACGACGUUGGAAGCAACAUGGCACGCGAGAACGAGCUCAUAAUAGGGGAGAUGAACGGACUGGUCAAAGAGCUCAGUCUUGCCGACAGCGAAGGCACGGUGAAUUCCUGGGACAGGCUUCUCUUCCGUUGGAGAUGGUAUCUGUACAAAUCAAAAAUGACGGCACUGCGACAGGAGCUCGAUUCUAUAAGGACGUCGAUGACGCUUUUUGUCUGCAUGGUGGAGCUCGAGGAAAAGAUGCGGGAUCCGGCGGAGCAACUCACUGAGCCUUGUAGGAUUCUCGAAGAACAGAUCCAUGCUCUCCGGGGGCUGUUGAAGCUUCAAGAUAAAGAGAUCCAAAAAACGCGCCAACGGCUCGAUUACGGCCAGCAGAAAACCACGCCGACCUUGAACGUCGGCAAGCAAAUAUGGGAUCUUUCCAACGAGCAGCACCGGAGAUGGGGCCAAGUACGACGGCAACGGCGGAUGGAACGGCUGAGGCCAUCGUCGGCCCAACGCCGUGAUAGUUCGGAAAGUUCCUCUCCACCUCAAGCUGCACCUUCUCCGGGGCCAUCGCCAUUACCGCCGCCCGGUCACGAUUUGGCGGUGCCCCGGGUUGCGUCUGAAACCGUUUCUCCGAGGUCCUCGCCCAGUACUGAGACGCCUCCGCUUGCGUCCGAGGUGAUACGGACCCUGGGUAUUCGACAAGUGCCGAAAUCCCCCCCUCCGCGAGAUUUGGAUGCCGUAUCGUCGACCGGCACAGUAGAUGACGAUGGACUGGAAGGAACAACUGUACCACAGAGCAGCCGAAUUCGGAAGCAUAUGAGGCCUCGAGAAGCGGGGUUCCAGCAAGAGCAGGUCAAUCACGAGUACGGCCCUGGGGAUGCUCCGCGGACGCGAGAGUUCUUCCGAGAUGUGGGAAGAGGCGAGGGAAGCCCAAAACAUUAG